GAGUCAGCCAUACUCGAGAGUUAUUUUUACUAUCUGACUAGCUGCCCAUGCUUGAUAGUUAGUGUGAGGAUUAUUAUUUGCGCAGGGAAAGUUCCGUCACUCAUUAAUCAUCCGAGACCACGUGCACAUAACACUAUACCGUUUUGGUAUUAGUGUACGAAGCGAUUUCAGGCCCCGCCAAGACUCAACCAAAACAAACAAAUCAAUCAAUCAAUCAAUCAUCGUCAAUGAUAAUCACGAUGCCCUCAGGUUCACCACAUUGAGUGUCUAGAAAACUGGUCCGCUGGAGAAUAAGAAGAAAUAGUAUUAUUGCGAGCUCGAAUUUUUCGAUGGCCGCGCACCUACCCCAAAGAAGGCCAGAUAUCGUCCUUUGAAGGAUCAUGAAUCUUAGAUAUGCUAUUUUCCCGACUACUCAGCUCUACCCCUCGACAUCUUCUCAACAUCGGCCUGGCAUUUUUCCUUCUUCUGCUGAUUCUAUUAUUUGUCAAUUCUUUUCACAGCAAAGACCUCCGAGAAAGCUUGAUCCAGCCGCUGCAUUUGGUUUCAAAUCUCCCUAGCCAGAAACCAACCCAACUCCAGUCUCAACCAACACCUGAUCGUCGUUGCAAUGCGAUCCCUAGUUCUCCAGAUGUCGCAGUCAUCAUCAAGACAGGCGCGAACUUGAUCUACGAGAAACUCCCUAUUCAACUCCUUACGGGUUUACAAUGUGCCAAUGACCCCCUCAUUUUCUCCGACCUCGCCCAGACGCUCGGCCCGUACCGCGUGUAUGAUGUCCUUGAAGAUGUAUCCGAAGAUAUAAAACAAAGCUCUGAUUUUGACUACUAUCGUCAACUGCAAGAAUUCCAGAGAUUCGGCCAAGACUUACGGUUGCUACACGACAGAGCGCCAGCAUGGAAAUUGGAUCGGUACAAGUUUAUACACAUGCUGAAGAAGAGCUGGAAUCUGCGGCCUGGCCAUGAUUGGUAUAUAUUUCUUGAAGGCGAUACUUAUAUUCUGUGGGCCAAUGCGAUGCUGUGGUUGCAGCAAUUCGAUCCACAAACGCCGUACUAUUUCGGGCAGCAGUCCUAUUAUAAAAACGAACCCUUUGCUCACGGAGGAAGCGGGAUCAUAAUAUCCCGAGGAGCUAUGGAAAAGGUUCUUGGUGAUGACCCAGAAUUUUCACCACGAUAUGACAAAUUAGCUAAAGAAGAGGUAUACGGGGAUUAUGUCCUCAUGAAGGCCCUUCAGGAAAAAGGAGUGACAUUAUCUCCAUACAAGCCCAUACUCCAAGGAGAACGGUUAAGCACACUACGUUUUGGCCCUGGCCGUCACAAGGAUGAAAGAUACUGGUGCCAGCCACUAGUUUCUCUGCAUCAUGUAACUCCUUCUGAUGUGGAAGCUCUCUGGCAGCUUGAGCAACAGCAGCAAGAUCUGACACGACCAAUCCUCUUUUCUGACGUCUACAACCAUUUUAUGGCUCCCCAGCUACCCCAUGACAGUGAAGACCGCGAAGACUGGUACAACUUUUCUGAAGAUGCGGUUUUCAAACCGCCUGGUGAAAAACCCGGGCGUCCAAUACCGGAAUCUGAGAUGACUCCUGUCCAGGAGCAGGCUUACCAAUCUUAUGAACAAUGCGCGGCUGGGUGUGCUGAAUACCACCGGUGUAUGCAGUAUUCAUACGAGUUCUUGACGCAGCAAUGCUCUUACUCCUUCUCGUACCGCCUUGGUGAAAGACGCCCACCUACUUCUGAUGGAACGCGGUACAAGUCCGGAUGGUUGAUGACAAAGAUUAACAGAGAUAUCCAAGAAAACAAAUGCAGUUCAUUGGAGUGGAAGGGAUUCCAUAGCGAUAUGUGAUACGAUGAAACGUGAUACAUUUUUACAUUUAAUAGCAGAGACUGUGAUCGCAGAGCUCCAAAGAAUUCAUUUCCAACUUCCAAUACGAAGUGAAGAUCUCUGAUCACCAAUUGUACAAACAAUAAUCACUUCUUUAUAGCAAGUGACGAAAGUGAUACUUCAGUUACAACAAAGGGG